AUGUCUUCCUCCAACGGGAGUAGUGGCACCAACGGGUCUACCGAGGCCACUGCUGUCGUGCAGCAAUUGCGAAAGCUCAACAGCAAGUGGCUCCGGCUCUGCUGGCAUGACUAUACGUCGACCGCAAGAUGUCGCAUGGUCCCCAUAAAGCGGGUGCUAGCUUUACUGGAGUGCGGCGAGCCCUUGAGUUUACCUACCACCAAGGCCAGCCUUGGAAUGCUCCAAACGGACGCCUUAAUUCCGGAGAUCACCUGUACUGGGAUGUAUGAAGCUUUUCCAGACUGGCUGUCUCUGAGGCGAGGUCCUGUUUCGGGCCAUGCAUCAGUAUUCCUUGACUUCAAACACAAGGACGGAUCUGACGUUGAUCUUUGCCCCCGAACACUUCUCCGCAAUACUCUUGAAUCGGCAGAGUUACAUGGUCUAUCGUUUCUGCUUGGCUUUGAGCUCGAGUUCGUGAUCCUUGAGACCUGCGGAGAGAACCAACCACAUGCGCUGCGUAACGUUGCUCACGGAUGGUCUUUGGCUAGAGCAAUCGCCGACUGUGGCCGAGAAGGAAGCUUCAACAGCAUAAUUGACGAGCUCCUCGACACCCUACAUGGCGCAGGCGUCGAGAUCGAGCAGCUUCACACCGAAACGGGCCCAGGACAGUACGAAAUUGUCCUGCCGCCGCUGCCGCCUCUGGAAGCAUGUGAUACGCUGCUGCGGACCCGUCACAUUGUCGAAGCCGUGGCCAUGCGGAAUGGGUUCCACAUGACACUGCAUCCUAAGCCCUUUGCUGGAGGCAGUGGCUCUGCCUCUCAUGUACACAUAUCGAUCUGCUCCCCUGGCGGGAAUGCGCCCAAGGUCUACGAAAGCUUCUAUGCAGGUAUUCUCAAAAAUUACCCAGCCCUUAUUGCUUUGGCCUAUGCCAAUCCUGCGAGCUACGAACGUAUGGUUGAUAGCUUCUGGGCCGGUGGCCGUUGGGUAACGUGGGGUACACAGAACAAGGAGGCACCACUGCGAAAGUGUGUAGACAGCCACUGGGAGAUGAAAACCCUGGAUGGUCUGGCGAACCCCUACAUAGCUGUAGCAGGCAUACUUGCAGCCGGGACAGAUGGCUUGGCCAAGGGGGAGCCCUUGACUUGGCGCGACUGUGCCAUCGAUCCAGCAAAACUUACGGCUGAGCAGCGACAAGAGCUUGGUGUGACGGUUAGAUUUCCCAAGAACUUGGGAGAGGCUCUCGAUGCUCUGCAAAGAAAUGAGGUGCUGAAGGAGUUCUUGGGACACGAGGUCGUAAAGAGAUAUACGGACGUUAAGAAUGGCGAGAUGCACAUGAUGGAUUCAAUGACAGAGGAAAGGCGCAGACAAUGGAUCAUAGAGAGAUAUUGA